AUGAAGCUCGCUUUGGUGCAGACCCAGGGCAUCAACGUCCUGAACCUGGCUAUCUCCGGCUUGAUGCUCCUGACCUUCAUGACUAUCCACCUCUUCCAGUUCCGCUUCGGCGACACCGACCAGUUCGGCCCCUACUACAUCCGGCCGCCUCCGUACCUCAUCAACUUCUGGGGCAUCUCUUCCCUGAACCUCUUCUGGACCUCCGACGCCAGCGUGGAGAAGGUCGGCGUGCGCGACAUCUACGCCCUGGAGUUCCAGAUCUUCAAGAAUCCCCUCUGGUCGCUCUUCUACAUCUUCUCGGUGUUCAUCUUCAUGUACCACGCCUGCAUUGGCUGGAAGAAGGUGACCCCGGUUCUUGGCAUUCCUCGGGGUCACAUCUGGCGGGUGGAGCUCAUCGGCUACGGCAUCAUGAUCGUCAUGGGCUUGGUCUACAUCUCCUUCCCGCUCUAUGUGAUGGCCACCAAGCCCUUUGCAGGCUACGAGACCACAAUCCAGAUCCCAGGACGGGAAGAGUGA